AUCUCUGUGUUGCUGGCCUCCCUUCUCAGGAGUAAGCUGUCACCAGAUGCCAGCCCACGGAAGAUCAUCGACACCCUCCGCCUGCCCUCGGGCGUGGGUGCUACCUGCGUCCUUAAAACCCCCUUCAACAGCACCCUGGACCAACUGGCCCAGACUCUAAACCCCAGUGCCAACAACUCCAAAACCUUGGCUGCCCGCUACUUUGACUCCAUGUGUCUGGACUCCUUCACUCAGGGGGUCCCUCUGUCCAACUUUGUACCCCCACCUCCUUCACCAGCACCAUCAGACGACCCAGAUCCUCGCUUUGAGGACGGACUGUGGAACUUCACAGUGGCCCCUCCAACCACAGUCCGCGAGCCUGUGACGUCUCCUCCCACCCUCCCCCUGUCCAUCCAUGAGCCGGUGCGUUGUACCUGCUCCAUGCAGGGGACAGGCUUCUCUUGCCCCAGCGGGGUGGGGGGACGUCCCCCUCUCAUGAAGGUGGUGACAGGUGACAUCCUGGUGGACAUCACAGGCCGGAACGUCUCUGAAUAUCUGCUCUUCACAUCAGACAGACUGCGCCUGCACAG